GACAAACAAGGCUGCGAGUAACGUGAAGUUGGGUUGGCGCCUUCGUUAAUGAAACGUAAUCUCCUUUUCUUGGUAUCACCUUUUCUGAUACAAGCAGGUGACUGGACGGGAGUGAUAGCAUAAUGAAUCAGUAUCAAGCUGGGGGGUCAUCUGGACGACCACCUCAAAUGUAUGGCAACACAACCCAACAAAAUGUGCUUGGCAUGCAACAGAAACAAAUGCAGCUUAUGCAGUCGCACCACAUCCAAGCGGAAGACGCAGAUGACGCACAGCAGCCCCAGCAGCGGCUUGUCGGCGGCCAGGCCCAGCCAGCCAACCCCAACCUGCUGCAUGUGCCUUCCUCGAGCUACAGCCUGAGUGAAGGCAUGUCGCUCACCUCCAGCAUCUACCCGCAGACCCCACUCACCCCAAUGACACCCGCCACGCCGGGGAGCAUGGAGUCGUCCGGGAUUGAGCCACAGCUUCAGAAUAUUGUAUCAACAGUGAAUCUCGGUUGCAAAUUGGACCUGAAGAAGAUCGCUCUUCAUGCAAGAAAUGCUGAAUACAAUCCCAAGAGAUUUGCAGCUGUCAUCAUGCGGAUCAGGGAGCCACGGACAACCGCUCUGAUUUUCAGCUCAGGGAAAAUGGUGUGCACUGGCGCUAAGAGUGAAGACUACUCAAGACUGGCCGCUAGGAAAUAUGCCAGGGUUGUACAGAAACUGGGCUUUCCUGCAAAGUUCAUGGAGUUCAAGAUACAGAACAUGGUUGGUAGCUGUGACGUCAAGUUUCCUAUCAGGUUAGAGGGUCUAGUUCUUAAACACAGUCAGUUCUCAAGCUAUGAGCCAGAGCUGUUCCCUGGCUUGAUAUACAGAAUGGUCAAACCAAGGAUAGUGUUGCUGAUUUUUGUCUCUGGAAAAGUGGUACUUACAGGUGCGAAGGUCCGCCAAGAAAUCUUAGAUGCCUUCAACAACAUCUACCCAAUUCUGAAGUCUUUCAAGAAAACAUCAUAGUUUAACCGGAAACAGCAGCUGGAACUUUUGAAAAAUGGAAACCAGAGUGAAGCCCAGAUUGUUGUGUUGUUGUUUGGCAAACUUUAUGAACCGAAACCUGAAAUCGUAUCUGUGCAGGAGCAUUAUCAACCAGGUUUUUGCUGACGUUUGCAGGUCAGGUAAUAGACCACCCAUAGCUCUGUCAAGCAUACAAUCCUUAUAAAUGUGGGUGAUGAAGUUUAUUAGUUUGCCACCCAUCCCCCCUCUCAUUCCCAAGUCUUCUAGACUACCUUUUGGGAUAUCUUCCAUCAGAUGUCUUGAAUCGGGACCCUCACAUUUUACAGUGCUCAUGUAUGAAAGAAAAAGAGUCACCUGCACCACGUCAGUUCAACCAAUGAGUGACAAAUAGAGUAUUUUCGUGGUUAAUACAUUGCACUCCUUGUUGAGUUAUCCUUACAACCGGCUUGGUGGGAUUGUCAAACUUUGACCAAUUGAGAAUGGCCUUUUUUGAGAGAGAGAGAGAGAGAGAGAGACCCAUGUAAAAACUUACACACGUUGGGAAAAAAGAAGAGAACUCUUUCUUUAAAGUCCAUAGCUUUAUCGCGACGUAAGCUUGAACAAAUGCAGCAACUUCCAAAUGCUGUUUCAGAGGCCAGUAUUUAUGUUUUUGUACGUAUCCAGAGGUGUGUCACAGACAGAUGCUUUGUAAAUAGGUAGACUUUCUAUUGUCUUUAUUGUAGAUUCUUUUUUGUUACUUAUUACCCCUCUGUCUAGUGAUUUAUCUUUGGAAUGUUGUCAUGUCAGUGGAAUGGUAAGGAAUGCCUGUGGUCUGAUCACACAUAUUUCUCAUAAGCACUUGAUUCUGACAAAGCUAAAUGACAUUAGUGUUCAGGAACUAAUCUUGUCAGACAAGUUGUGCCUCAGUUCCCAGACAUAUGCGAGAUUUAUGUGUAUUCUUCUAUUUGAACGAAUAAGUGAGUAAUCUGGAUACACAUCCAUUUUUGUGCCAAUUGUGAACUCCAGUUUUAGCUUUAUUGUCUUGGCCAAAAAAAAUGAGGAUCAGUAAUGCAUUAGUGAUGGAAAACAAAAGUGGGAGAUGCUACCUUGGAGCAAAUUCUAUGACGUCUUCCCCACUAACUCACACUUACAUUACAUGUAACUCCAAGUUCUCUAACUCAGGUAUGUUCUUCAGUUUCUUGUUUUGCUUUUUGAAGAAUUUGAACAGUUUUCAAUAGUGCAAAGAUCAGCUACUAUCAUUUAACAGUUUCAUUCUAGUACAACCGAGGUUUCAUUGGUUUACUGCAGUGUUGGUUCUCUAGGAUUCAGGAUUUGUUUUUGCAGAAAUCCCCAAGAAAGGGCAAGGCUUUAUUCCAAAUUAUUUGAAGUCUACUCAGUCAAACCAAAAAUCGGGAUCCACCUGUAUUUGUUCCAGAUGGAGAUCAAGAUUUAAUUAUGCUACCGGUAUAUUCUUUUUCUGUGAAAAUUGUAAUUUGUUCCAAAACUGUUUUGUAAAUAAAAAGUUUUUGUUAAAGAUAAUAAAGUGUUCUUCGGGUACAGUA